AGCCCAAAUUGAUCUGGAAAAAGAAAACCGCCUUAGCAAAAAAUUGAAAAGCUCAGAAAAACUGAAUAGCCUCAACAAGUCUUUCUUCCUCAAAUUCAAUCCCUGUUUCGUUCCAAAUUGAACUCGGAAAACCAAGCUACAGCAAUCGGAUUAGAUUGCCGCGCCUUCAAUUUCACACCUUUAGAGAGAGAAAAGCCACAAAAAUAGGUGGGGGCAAGAGGAAGAGAAUGGGCCCACCAGGUUCAUCCGGGAUGGAGGCGGGGAAUAAGCGGCAGAAAGGGAGAGUGCCGGCAAAUAAUAUGAAGAUUGCCGAGGCCUCCCGCAUUCGCAUCGCUGAGAUUCUGGAGAACUUCCGGAGUUCUGAUGAUGAAGUAUACAAAUUUGAAGAGAACCUGAAUAAUCAGGAGCGGGCGGCAGUGCACGUUAUGUGCAGGAAGGCGGGGUUGAAGUCAAAGAGUCACGGGAAAGGCCAGGAUCGCCGCCUUCAUAUCUAUAAGUGUAAAAGGGAAGUCAGCAGUAUGAAUGGGAGAGAGAACAUUGCUUCUUUCAGAUUUUCAGGGGAAUCACAGGCCGCUUUACGGGAAUUGUUUUCUUCCUAUCCCCCUAAUGCUGUGGAUAUGAGUGGAAAUAAACUUGACAUCAGUAGGGGAAAAAGUGAUAGCGGAGUCUCAAGAGAUGAUUUUUUCUGCAGACCUACGACGAAUCCAUCUGAAAUUGCAAGCAAGAUACAAACACUUGCUUCCCGAAUUGAGAAAGAGACGAGCUUGAAACAGAUCGCACAGAACAGGUCCAAGCUUCCUAUUGCAUCUUUUAGGGAUGCUAUCACAUCUUCAGUAGAAUCUAACCAGGUUGUGCUUGUAUGUGGUGAAACUGGAUGUGGGAAAACAACACAGGUCCCCCAGUUUCUCCUGGACCAUGCAUGGAGUAAAGGAGAGACGUGUAAAGUUGUUUGUACUCAGCCCAGGCGAAUCUCUGCCACAUCAGUCGCUGAAAGAAUUGCUUCUGAAAGAGGUGAAAGUAUUGGAGACUCUGUUGGAUACAAGAUUCGACUGGAAACCAAAGGUGGAAGGCAGUCCUCUCUUGUGUUCUGCACCAAUGGGGUUCUGCUGAGGGUUCUAGUCAAUAAAGAUAACAGGAGUACAAAGAGAAAAAAGGCGUCGAAAAAAGGACAGAGUUCUCUGGCUGAUAUAACCCACAUAAUAGUGGAUGAAAUUCAUGAAAGGGAUCGCUUCUCCGAUUUCAUGCUCGCAAUAAUCAGAGACAUGCUUCCUUCGCAUCCUCACCUGCGCCUGGUAUUGAUGAGCGCCACCAUUGAUGCGGACCGGUUUUCAAAGUACUUUGGAGGCUGCCCAGUUAUUCGUGUACCGGGUUUUACAUAUCCCGUAAAAAGUUAUUACUUGGAGGAUGUACUAGCACUUGUGAGAUCAUCUGAAAAUAAUCACGUUAAGUGCACAAAUGAGGACGUGGCAGUGAAGGACUCUCCCUUAACCGAGGAAUGCCGAGUUGCUCUUGACGAGGCUAUUGAAUUAGCUUCAUCAAACGAUGACUUUGAUCCCCUUCUCGAGCUUAUAUCUUCUCAGGGAGAUUCGAGAAUUUUCAAUUACCAGCACUCAAAAACCGGAGUAACCCCCUUGAUGGUGUCAGCCGAGCAAGGAAGAGUUAGCUAUGUUUGCACACUUCUCUCAUUUGGCGUAGACUGCGACUUGCGGUGUAAUGCAGGGAAGACAGCUCUCGAUUAUGCAGAACAAGGCAAUCAGGGGGAAGUUACUGAAAUCAUUAAAAAACACAUGGGAAAAGCAUUUACGCAGUCAGAUAAGGAACAAGAUUUACUCGAUAAAUACUUAUCGCAUGUUGACCCUGAACUUAUAGAUUGUCUGCUUAUCGAACAACUUCUUAGGCGAAUCUGUAAUGACUCUACUGAUGGAGCUGUUCUCGUGUUUCUUCCGGGUUGGGAUGAUAUAAACAGAACGCGAGAGAAGUUGCUAUCAAGUCCUUAUUUCAAGGAUCCAUCAAAAUUUCUCGUUAUUGCUCUUCACUCUAUGGUUCCAUUGGUCGAGCAAAAGAAAGUUUUCAAACAUCCGCCUCCUGGAUGCCGCAAAAUUGUUCUUUCUACUAAUAUUGCCGAAACAUCAGUCACUAUCGAUGAUGUUGUUUAUGUCAUAGACAGCGGGCGGAUGAAAGAGAAAAGUUAUGACCCGUAUAACAAUGUGUCAACUCUUCAUUCUUCUUGGAUAUCAAAGGCAAGUGCUAAGCAGCGAGAAGGUCGUGCAGGGCGGUGUCAAGCAGGUAUUUGUUAUCAUCUAUAUUCAAAAUUCCGAGCUUCUUCUCUUCCGGAGUUCCAAGUUCCCGAGAUAAAGAGGAUGCCGAUAGAAGAGCUGUGCCUUCAGGUGAAGCUUAUGGAUCCAUCUUGCAAAAUCGAAGAAUUUUUGCAGAAGACGCUGGAUCCGCCUGUUUAUGAGACGAUACAGAAUGCAAUAACGGUUCUUCAGGAUAUCGGCGCGUUGUCUCUAGAAGAGCAACUCACGGAACUUGGGCAGAAACUCGGAGCUCUACCCGUCCACCCUCUGACCAGCAAAAUGUUAUUUUUUGCGAUAUUGUUGAAUUGCCUUGACCCGGCAUUGACUUUAGCUUGCGCUUCCGACUGCAAAGACCCCUUCAUUUUGCCAAUGCUUCCUAAUGAAAGGAAAAAAGCUCAAGUGGCUAGACUAGAACUGGCUUCAGUCUAUGGUGGCAACGGUGACCAGUUAGCUAUAAUUGCUGCCUUCGAUUGCUGGAAAAUGGCAAAACAAAGGGGCGACGAAGCGAAGUUUUGUUCUCAGUAUUUCGUAUCUGCAGCGACCAUGAAGUUGAUUUCGAGCAUGCGGAAGAAACUCGAAGGCGAACUACUUCGGCAUGGUUUUAUUCCGGAAGAUGCCUCCCGCUGUAGCCUCAACGCACGUGACCCUGGUAUACUCCAUGCUGUAGUUUUCUCAGGUCUAUAUCCGAUGGUUGGGAGAAUUAUUCCGCAAAGUAAUAGAUCUGUUGUCGAAACUGCCAGCGGGAAUAAGGUGAGGUUGCACCAGUUUUCGACCAACGGCAAGCUCUCCUCGAAGAGAUUCAGUAUCCCUCCUUUGGUCAUGUUUGAUGAGAUAACCCGUGGAGACGGCGGAAUACAUAUUAGGAACUGUUGUGUCGUAGGUUCGCUCCCCUUAAUGUUGUUAGCCACUGAUAUCGUCGUGGCCCCGACUGAGGAAGAUGAUGAUGAGGGUGAUGAAAGCGAUGCUGAUGAACCUGAUGCCAACAUUGACAGUGACGAGGAUGAUAAAGCAGAGCCUCAUAGUUCAUCGAAAUCCAACAGCGAAAAGAUCUUGUCGGCGCCAGAGAAUGUGGUUAAAGUCGUAGUGGAUCGAUGGCUGCCGUUUCAGUUGACGGCUCUUGAUGUUGCUCAGAUAUACUGCUUGAGGGAGAGACUAUCUUCAGCAAUCUUGUUCAAGGUAACGAAACCGAGGGAGGUUCUCCCGGAACAUCUUGGUGCCUCACUGUAUGCAAUAGCCUGCAUCCUCUCUUACGACGGUAUGUCCGGGAUCUCGCUGCCACCAGAACCCGUCGACACCCUCACCACGAUGGUCAGUGUCGCCGACAUCAGCCAUGGUAGGAGGGUGCCGAUCAAUCGCCCAGCUAAGAGCUAUCUCAAGUCGCUUCUUUACCCUGACCACUCCUAUCCAAACCAGAGCCACACGUCGCACCAUCACAAAAGCCAUCUUCAGAAGCAAGUGUCAAAAAACGCUACGAACGGGUCGGCCCCACAAGGUACGAGUACCGGGAAGGGGAACUACUCCAAGCGGCAGCGUGGCAAUGGUAAUGGAUUUAGGUGAUGCAUGUAUGUUUAGAUGCGCUUUUGUCCAAUCGAUACCCGGCUACUUUUGUGCUGCUGUAACCGGAAAGCGACUCUUUAGGGCGCUCCCAAGUCCCGGGAGAUGUUCGUGUCAGUCAUGUUGUCGUCACAUCGCAGGCAUGUUAUACUGGUAUUUGCUAUAUUUUUUGGUAAUAUUGAAAAGAUGCAACAUCGGCCUUGGCCGUUGGUCUCGUCA